AUGGGAGGCGGAGGCAAGAUCCCGUACCCAAAACACGUCUGGUCGCCAGCCGGUGGUUGGUACUCGCAACCUGCCAACUGGAAAGCCAACACCGCAGUCAUGGGCGCCGUCCUCCUCGGAAUAGUAGGAAUGGCCUGGAAUCUGAGCGCAAACCGGGAGUAUCGAGAUAAGAUGCCCGAGCAGGGUCGCUUCUUCCCAAGUCGAUACUGGAGCAAGCAGAUCGUCGAGCACGAGAGGAAGCAAAAAGAGAAUUCGAGCGAGCUUUGA